CGAAAGAUGAUCACCAUGAGGGCGUUUCUUGCAUGGCGAAUGGCGAACGAUCAGACGAAACCAAACGUGGAAGAAAUGCAGGAUUUAUAUCAGAUAUGGCCGAUUGCGAUUCUACUGUCGAUGAACCAGGUUCGCGCUUUUUGAGCGAUACGAAGUAACUGCGAACUCAACGCACUUCGCAAGCUCUAUUAUAUUUUUAGUGAUAAACUAAAACUAUUAGAACUAGAGUUAUAAGAAUAACAAAAUUCAGAUUUCUCUUUACGCAGGAGUACUGGAGGUCGUACAGGAAUGAGAAAAAAGAACUACAGGGUGAAGGAGACAAAUUCUUUCUUCAUGAACAACGGUAACGCAGCAAGUGCGGACCCGGGUCGAGGCUAGCGUAGGGGGAAUGCGCGCGGAAAUAGAACAGCUCGUAGAGAACGUGUCCCUCAAAAUGCAACAGUCUCAGCGGGUUCUCAAAUGCGCUAUCAAGAAUCGACUUUCCCAAAAAACUUUGAUGCGUGUGUGUUAUAGGGGAUGGGUAAUCGUAAUACUCACAAUUGACGAUGCAAAUGAUGUCCUCAGAUUUAGCUUUAGUUACAAGAGGAUAAUAAUGACUCAAGAGAACUAGCUGUGCUUUGACUCAACGACUCGUAACCCUUCUGACCAGUUGGCGGAAUCACAUGCAUCCAAUUGACUUUCGACUUUGAUUCUGUUUCCAUGCAUUUCAAAACACAGGCCGUCGUGCUCGCCGUGCGCAAAGACGUGGCUGCACAGUUAUGAGUUCUGGUAAUGCUAAGAUUUGUUUUCUCCACAAUAAAUGGAGUUGUUUUUUCUCUUUUCAUAUUUAUUCUUCAGAAAAUUAGAAGAGGCAUAAAACUAGAUUUUUUUGCGAGAAAAUAUGAGCAAGCUCAACCUGACACCAAGCAGUUCAGAAGUACGUAAUUUGACUCCGUGUAGUCGCUCUUCUAAAGCAGGGAAGAAGAGCUGCAAUUUUGAUGCAUCGCAUGAUCGCGAGGAAUGGUAGACAGAUGUGGCUGCCUUUCGUCCAGCAGCUGAUCAUUCGAACAUGGGGCCACCUUGCGUCAAGAAAACGUGCGAUUCUUGACGCCGCCUCCAAGACACGUAGUCCGCUUCUUGGCGGGGGUGAUGAUGUUAAGACUGCCCCCGUAAGCACUGAGAACUUCUCAAUGUGUUUCUUGUAUUGAGUAAUUAGUUGUGAUCAGCAUUAUGAUAUAUAAUUAUCCCUGAAGAAAAGGACUAGGCGGCAGUAUCGAAAUAAGCGAAGUAGAAGGUGGGGGGAAUCAGAAUUUCUUGCGAUUUAUGUUUGGAUAGUUGGUUCUAAGAAGAUUGGACACGGAGCAUCACCUGGAGGCGACCUGGUU